GGGCGGUGGAAGGCGGAAGUGGGAGAGGAGUUGGGCGCCGCUUCUGUGGCCGCAGCAGGUUCAUGGUGAUGAUAUGGCAUCUGCCAGCUCCAGCCGGGCAGGAGUGGCCCUGCCUUUCGAGAAGUCUCAGCUUACUUUGAAAGUGGUGUCAGCGAAGCCCAAGGUGCAUAAUCGUCAACCUCGAAUUAACUCCUACGUGGAGGUGGCGGUGGAUGGACUCCCCAGUGAGACCAAGAAGACUGGGAAGCGCAUUGGGAGCUCAGAGCUUCUCUGGAAUGAGAUCAUCAUCUUGAAUGUCACGGCCCAGAGUCAUUUAGAUUUGAAGGUCUGGAGCUGCCACACCUUGAGAAAUGAGCUGCUAGGCACGGCCUCUGUCAACCUCUCCAACGUCCUGAAGAACAAUGGAGGCAAAAUGGAGAACACGCAGCUGACCCUGAACCUGCAGACAGAGAACAAAGGCAGCGUUGUCUCGGGCGGAGAGCUGACAAUUUUCCUGGACGGGCCAACUGUUGAUCUGGGAAGUGUGCCUAAUGGCAGUGCUGUGACAGACGGAUCACAGCCGCCUUCGAGGGAGUCCAGUGGGACAGCGGUAGCUCCGGAGAACCGGCACCAGCCCCCCAGCACCAACUGCUUCGGUGGGAGAUCCCGGACGCACAGACAUUCAGGUGGUUCAGCCAGAACAACCACAGCAACCAGCGAGCAAAGCCCCGGCGCUAGGAACCGUCACCGCCAGCCCAGAAAGAACUCAAGCCACAGUGGCUUGGCCAAUGGCACAGAGGAUACAAGAAAAUCACCUCAUUAUUCUGGAAACUGGCAAAGGGAAAGAAUCAAGCAUUUCUCCUGACUUUCCUUCCCAGACUGACUCUCAAGUGAAUGAUGAAUCCACAGCAGCUACCGAUGCUGAAGAAACCUCUGUUGUGAGCGUGACAUCUGCCACAGCCUUGAAUGUGACCCCGAACCCCAACACAACAUCUCUCCCUGCUCCGGCCACACCGGCUGAAGGAGAGGAACCCAGCACUUCGGGCACACAGCAGCUCCCAGCGGCCGCCCAGGCCCCCGAUGCUCUGCCUGCUGGAUGGGAACAACGAGAGCUGCCCAACGGACGUGUCUAUUAUGUCGACCACAAUACCAAGACCACCACCUGGGAGCGGCCUCUUCCUCCAGGCUGGGAAAAACGCACAGAUCCCCGAGGCAGGUUUUACUAUGUGGAUCACAACACCCGGACCACCACCUGGCAGCGCCCGACAGCCGAGUACGUGCGCAACUACGAGCAGUGGCAGUCGCAGCGGAAUCAGCUCCAGGGGGCCAUGCAGCACUUCAGCCAAAGAUUCCUCUACCAGUCUUCGAGUGCUUCGACCGACCAUGAUCCCCUGGGCCCCCUCCCUCCUGGCUGGGAGAAGAGACAGGACAACGGCCGGGUGUAUUACGUGAACCAUAACACUCGCACUACCCAAUGGGAGGACCCUCGGACCCAAGGGAUGAUCCAGGAACCAGCUCUGCCCCCAGGGUGGGAGAUGAAAUACACCAGCGAGGGGGUGCGGUACUUCGUGGACCAUAACACCCGCACCACCACCUUUAAGGAUCCUCGCCCAGGGUUUGAGUCGGGGACGAAGCAAGGUUCCCCUGGUGCCUAUGAUAGAAGUUUUCGAUGGAAGUAUCACCAGUUCCGUUUCCUCUGCCAUUCAAAUGCCCUGCCCAGCCACGUGAAGAUCAACGUUUCCAGGCAGACACUUUUUGAGGAUUCUUUCCAACAGAUCAUGAACAUGAAACCCUACGACCUGCGCCGCCGGCUCUACAUCAUCAUGCGUGGCGAGGAGGGCCUGGACUACGGAGGCAUCGCCAGAGAGUGGUUUUUCCUCCUGUCCCACGAGGUGCUCAACCCCAUGUACUGUUUGUUUGAAUACGCCGGCAAGAACAACUACUGCCUGCAGAUCAACCCCGCCUCUUCCAUCAACCCCGACCACCUCACCUACUUCCGCUUCAUCGGCAGAUUCAUCGCCAUGGCUCUGUACCAUGGCAAGUUCAUCGAUACGGGCUUCACCCUCCCGUUCUACAAGCGGAUGCUCAACAAGAGACCAACCUUGAAGGACCUGGAAUCCAUCGACCCCGAAUUCUACAACUCCAUUGUCUGGAUCAAGGAAAACAACCUAGAGGAGUGUGGCCUGGAGCUGUACUUCAUCCAGGACAUGGAGAUCCUAGGCAAGGUGACAACCCAUGAGCUGAAGGAAGGUGGCGAGAGCAUCCGUGUCACCGAGGAGAACAAGGAGGAGUACAUCAUGCUGCUGACGGACUGGCGUUUCACCCGAGGCGUGGAAGAGCAGACCAAAGCCUUCCUGGAUGGCUUCAACGAGGUGGCCCCGCUCGAGUGGCUGCGCUAUUUUGACGAGAAGGAGCUGGAGCUGAUGCUGUGCGGCAUGCAAGAGAUAGACAUGAGCGACUGGCAGAAGAACACCAUCUACCGGCACUACACCAAGAACAGCAAGCAGAUCCAGUGGUUCUGGCAGGUGGUGAAGGAGAUGGACAACGAGAAGAGGAUCCGGCUGCUGCAGUUUGUGACUGGAACCUGCCGCCUGCCUGUUGGGGGCUUUGCCGAACUCAUCGGUAGCAACGGACCACAGAAGUUUUGCAUUGACAAGGUUGGCAAGGAGACCUGGCUGCCCAGAAGCCACACCUGUUUCAACCGCCUGGAUCUCCCACCCUACAAGAGCUACGAGCAGCUGAAAGAGAAGCUGCUGUAUGCCAUCGAGGAGACCGAGGGCUUUGGACAGGAGUAACGAGGCCGCCGCCCCACGCCCCCCAGCACACACGUAGUCCUGAGUCCUCCCUGCCUGAGAGGCCACUGGCCGUGUAGCCCUCGGGAGGUCCCCGAGGACAGUGGCCCUGCAUGGGAUCACCCUGUCAUCACGCUGGUGGCAGAAGAGCCCGACCCCAGGAGGCCCUGCAGCCCUGCCACCUGCGGGUGGCAGUCUGGAAUAAAGCCCCCAGUCACCUUUGGCCCCACCACCCAUUGUGAAGUCCGGAGGGCUGACCCUCUCUGCAAAACUCUGCCCCUUCCCCGGGCCCAAGCCUGGGUGUGCGUGAGUGUGCCAGGGAAGGGGUUUGUCUGGGGCUGUGGCCGGAGCCCGGGGCCGGGUGGGCUGGUUAGGCGGGAAGGAGAUUGGCCACUCGGGGUAGCUGUUCGGGACCGAGAAAGCCAAGGGUCUCUGCCAGUAAAAGAGGUUCUGUCUCAAAUAGAACUUUCCCGGUGAUCCAUAUGAAAUGAAGGUGUGCGGGCGAGGACUCUGGAUCAGGGCCGAUCUUAGUUCUGUCCCUGGUGGGUUCCAGCCAGCAGGGCAGCAGGACUCAGUGGCCAGUCCGUUCUUUCUCAGUAAACAAAGUCCAGGCUGCCUGGGCACCCGUGGAAUGGAAACAGCAAACUCCCGCAGACUCCCUUUGUCUGUUCAUAAACUUGAAGCAUUUGUGUGUAGGGUUGCUUUCGGUUUUCUGGUGUGCUGCUUUCACUUUCUGUCAAGGAGCUGGUACCCCAGCUGUUCCAGGACCUCAAGGGACCCAGCUGCUUGGGUCUAAGAGUUUCCCAAACAGCCGCUCGUCUCAGGAACCCUCUUAGCAGUUCUGUGAGCUCAGGCAGGCCUGACAUGGCAGUUCGUCCUCACGGUGUGGCCUAGUCCCUGAGCUUGGCAGAGAGGAGUCCUGAGCGAUACUUCUAACCUUGCCACCUUCGAUAGAGAAGAAGCCCCUUUGCUAGAUACAGUCACCCGGGCAGCCCCUGGAGCUCCCGGCGGGCCGUAGUCCCCUGUUUAGGAUGCAGUGUGGCCUGGCCAGCUGAAAGAGCUCAUCCUGCAUAGAUGCGAGGCUUUAUCUGCAUGCAGGAAAGGAAAACCAGCGGAAGGGCCCUGAGCUGCUGCAGAGCCUGACCUGAUUUGGGGAGUUCCCAUCAGCCCCUGAUGUGGGAAUGUGGUGGUUCUAGAAAUCUCCAAGGUGAACGUGCUCCUGUGGGGUGCUGGAGUAGCAGAGACCCCAGUCCGGACCCCUGGGUUCUAGUGCCGACCGCCAGCUGCAGACCAGCUUCCUAGAACCCCAGACGGGCCCUCAGGCUGGUCAUGGGAGCCCUCUGAGGAUAGCCUCAUGUCCCCAGACCAUGUCCUUCCGAGGCCCGUGGAGGCACAGCCCGUGUCCACCUGUCGCGUGUGCUGGUCUGAGCGGCCCAGCUUGCUGCAGCUCAGCCUGCUCUGUCCCACUGUCAUUUGCUGCUCACCCCACGGCACGUCCCCACACAGGCCGCUUUGUCGGGUGGGCUGGGGCGCGAGCUGUGCUUCGAGGUUUGGAAGCUUCAGGCUUGCGGGUGUUCAUGGGUGUUCAUGUGUGUGUGCGUACCUACGUGUAAAUAACUGAAGUGUCUGUGCGGAAUGCCCUUCGGUAGCACUGGGUUGGUCAGCAGGUUGUUUUGUAAUGCCCGCCCCCUGCCUCGAUAUUGCCAGUUUCUUGUGCAAUAAACAAUCAGCAGCUGUG